AUGGCAACUGCACCUUCUGUCCCCAAUCUUGCCAUCUUCCGCCGUUAUGCAUCCAAACCCAAUCCAACGACUCUACCACCAUCGAUCCUACUCUCUCACUCGGAAACAUGUCUGACGGUCUUCGAUGCGUUCCCUAAAUCCAUCUUUCACUUCUUGGUCAUACCGCGAAUCCAGCCGCCAUUGAGCGCACGCCAUCUCGCAGACUUGCGUUCUUUGCUUCGAUGCGAGAAAAGCACCGCAAAGGAGGUGCUUAUGAACCUGAACGAGGAAGCGAAUAACGUGAAGAAAAUGAUUGAGGAAGAGAUGAUGAAGCUGUAUAAAUUCAAGUGGGAAAUUUGGAUGGGGUUUCACCCGAUUUCGAGCAUGGAACACCUCCAUUUGCAUGUGCUUUCUGCAGACUUGUACUCUCCGAAGAUGAAGUUGAAGAAGCACUACAAUUCGUUUCAUCCUAACCUGGGAUUCUUUCUGCAUUUGAAGGAUGUCCUUUCGUGGUUCGACGCUGUGCCUUCAUAUUAUCAGAGAGAUGCCUUGUUUCGCACUAAUGACGGAAUUUCGGGGUCGCUCUUAAAGGACGGCGACCUUUGUUGCUGGCAGUGCGACCGUGCCCUGGUGAGCAUGCCCAAGUUGAAGGCGCAUUUACACGACGAGUUCGAUAAGCUGACGGCGAGGGAGAAGGCGAAGUUGGAGAGGAAAAGGAAACGUACCGAUAUACCCGCUUCAUCCGUGCAGCCAUCGGCGACUGAUGAUGAGCGACCCGAGAAGGUUGCUCGUUUAACGCCUAGCUGGGAUGAUGGUUCCAGCGAUCCAACUGUAGGUGAUGACCUACCGUCGUAA